AUGAAAAAUAGUAUGAUGGCACUUGUCCUCAUCCUUUUGGUGUUCAUCAGUAUCUUACAAACUUCAGAGAGCAGGUGUGUAUUCGGCGAAGUGGUCUAUGUUGAAGUCACUAACAAUCUCCCUCUAAAAUCUCCAGUGCUAACACUACAUUGUCAGUCAAAAGACGAUGACCUCGGAUAUCACAAUCUUACUACUAAUAAAGAUUUUGACUGGUCAUUUUGCGAGCAUGCUUUGGGAAGAACAUUGUUCUUUUGUCAUUUAUGGUGGGGAUCAAGACAAAAGUCAUUCGAUGUUUAUCACGGAAAAUUCCCUAUAGGAUCCCAGCUAACAAACUAUUGGUCUGCAAGAAGUGAAGGUUUAUUUUUUUCCAAAUCAAAUAAGACUGAUCAUUAUGUCAAAAACGUGCAUCUCAUCCGACAAAGGUUUUCAUCUUCAGCAUUAGAAGAAUCGUCGGAGAGAAUUGUCGAUGGUGGCGGGGCGACUGCACAUCAGGCGACAAACACUUCAGUCGUGGUGGUCGGACAUGAACGGGGCAACGACACUUUCAGCUCAAGCCAUGGAGUGGCGGGCGACGACAUGUUCAACUCCAUCCAUGGCCUAAACCUGUUCUACCCAGAGUUGAGACAGCCAGGACGGUUGCGGAAAAAGCUUCCGUCAAUAAGAACUCCGAGUCAAAAGGCCUAG